AUGGGAAUAGUUGGAGGCUUGGUUGCCGUGUGGCACGCCUAUCGCCUUCCUCUCAUCAUUGCCCUAUUCGGAGUUUAUCUCUCCAUUCGACUCUCUCGCGCCUUUUCUUCCAAAUCCAAGACCCCAGCCUCUGUCUCCGUACCAUCCUCCCCACGUAGCCAGUCUCCCGAGACAAGCGUGAAACUCCAGCCCGUGACGGAGAAAAAAACCGCCGUUCCCGUGAAAGAAAUCUCUAAGCCUGUGCGCGCUGAUGGCGCUGCUAAGGCGACAUCCGGUCCCAAGCGUGUUCAGGGAAAGAAGCCUGCAAAGACAAUUGGGGGUCGCCGUGGCUCCAGCGAAGAAGCGCAGCCAAUUACCCACAUUCAACCAAUCAUUUUCUUCGCAUCCUUGACUACCACUACCGAACGUUAUGCCAAUACCCUACUGGAGGAUCUGCGAGCUGCUGCACAGCGUCAGGCCAAUUUGGAAAGCCUGGAUCGCAGCAUCCUGCCCCCACAAAUUCAUGACAUCUCGUACAUCGACUUUGACGACUUCUUUAUCUCUGCCCCGAAACCACCACCCACAUCUCCUGGAACACGCUAUGUUUACUGCAUCUUGGUCCCGACUUACAACAUCGAUACUGUGAUUAACACCUUCUUGGGACAUUUGGAUGAAACACACAACGAUUUCCGAAUCGAUACGGCACCGCUUUCUCAGUUGCUUGGUUACUCGGUCUUUGGAUUUGGCGAUAAGGAAGAAUGGCCAACUGAGGAAGAAGGAUUCUGCACACAAGCCAAGGAAGUUGACCGCUGGAUGUCAAAGCUCACUGGUCGCAAGCGCGCGUUCCCAUUGGGGAUGGGUGAUGUCAAGAGUGAUGCUGAAAACGCCCUGAAAGAAUGGUCUACUGGGCUUUACGACACUUUAUCGGAUAUUUUGGAAACCGGUGGCCUGGGAGAGGGUGUUCCAGGAAGUGGCGAUGCGGUUGAGAGUGACGAUGAAGAUUUGGAUGAUGAAGAAAAUGAGAAGAAAAACUCCCAGUCAAUGGUCGACCUCGAGGAUAUUAAGAUGAAUGGAGACUCCGCUGCCCCGAUCCCUGUUGAUUUCACCACUGUCGGCAAGGUGGUUUCCUCGCAGGAUACUGCCAAGGAGAUGGUUCCCAAAACCUCACCGACAUACGCUUCUCUGACCAAACAAGGAUAUACUAUUGUGGGUUCCCACUCUGGCGUGAAGAUUUGCCGAUGGACCAAGUCUGCUCUGCGUGGACGAGGUUCCUGUUAUAAAUACUCUUUCUAUGGAAUCCGAUCCCACCUGUGCAUGGAGGCAACUCCUUCUCUCUCUUGCAGCAACAAGUGCAUUUUCUGCUGGCGCCACGGCACGAACCCAGUUGGAACAACCUGGCGAUGGAAAGUGGACUCACCCGAGCUGAUCUUCCAAGGUGUGAAGGAGGGUCAUUACAAGAAGAUCAAGAUGCUGAAGGGUGUUCCUGGUGUUCGUGCGGAGCGAUUCGCCGAAGCCAUGCGUAUUCGUCACUGUGCCUUGAGUCUGGUCGGCGAGCCCAUUUUCUACCCACACAUCAACCGUUUCUUGCAGAUGCUUCACGCCGAACACAUCUCUAGUUUCCUGGUUUGCAAUGCCCAGCAUCCGGAUCAGCUGGAAGCUCUGGAACGUGUCACUCAACUUUACGUCUCUAUCGACGCAAGCAACCGGGAAAGUCUGCGCAAGAUCGAUCGUCCCUUACAUCGCGAUUUCUGGGAGCGAUUCCAGCGUUGUCUUGACAUUCUGCGCGAGAAGCGCCACGUCCAGCGAACCGUUUUCCGAUUGACACUCGUCAAGGGUUUCAACGUGGAUGACGAGGUGAUCGGAUACGCAGAUCUUGUUGAAAAGGCUCUGCCAUGCUUAAUCGAGGUCAAGGGUGUUACAUACUGCGGUACUAGCACAAGUGCAGGUGCCGGUUUGACCAUGCAGAACGUGCCAUUCUACGAAGAGAUCGCCUCUUUCGUAGUUGCACUGAAUGCAGAGCUGGAACAUCGGGGUCUGGGUUAUGGUAUUGCUGCAGAGCAUGCUCACAGCUGUUGUGUGCUGCUCGCCUCGAACCGCUUCCACGUGAACGGCAAAUGGCACACUCGCAUUGACUAUGAGCGCUUCUUCCAGCUUUUGGAGAAGGAGAAGGCUGACGGUACCUCCUUUACACCAGAGGAUUACAUGCGUGAGACUGAGGAGUGGGCACUUUGGGGUAAUGGUGGAUUCAACCCGGAGGAUGAGCGUGUGCAUCGGAAGGGAAAGAACAAAACAAAGGCCGUUGAGGCUGCUCCUGCAAAGAUUGAGGAGAUUUUUUGA